GAAAUGAAAGAAAAUUCUUAUAUUAAGGGUUAAAUAAAUAAAUUUGUUAUGUAUAGAAUAAUAUUUUACGUGGUACUAAUUGAACAGUGCUUCGGGAAGGUGCUUCUGGAUCAGAAAUCAGACGAAAGUAUGGGGAUGAUCAAUGUUGUGGAUCUCACCAAAGCUACAACUUGGAAGGAUCUGUCGUCGUAUUACACGGCUGUGGAGAAACAUUGGAAGAUGUGCAUCAACUGCGGCGUCCCUGGCCUGGGUACAGCCAUGCACCUAGACUUCGCCAACUCGGCGCCGGGGUCCAUGCAUCCCGCGAUCAUACCAAUGGAGUUUCUUCUGACGAGAUUAUCGAUCAUCGACGUGAGUUCACUGACCAGGCUGCACCCAUCACUAGUUCUAACCCUGGAUGUGGCACUGCAGUGGAUGGCGCUGAAGACGGACCCCAAGGAACCAACCCUGCUGCUGUUCAAGUUCGGGUGGAAAGAGGAACAGAAUAUGAGGAGGAGCUGCGUCUGUGAGAUACCAGGUUUAAGCUACGAACUGGCAGAAUGGAUUGCUGCAAACCUAAGCCAUGUGGUGGGCGUGGCCACGGAUGCUCCCACCCUGGAGUCCGAACAGACCAGGGAGUUCACCACCAGGACCAUCACCAAUCUGCUGGGCAGAAGCGGCAUAUACAUGAUAGACAACGUCAACAUGAAAAGGAAAGUGCCUGACACUGGCUGCAUGUCCAUCGCGAUGCCUCUCAUGUUACUCAACAGCAACUACGUGCCGACCAGACUGACAGCUUUCUGUCCCUCGAGGAAGACGGACCAGCGCGUCAUGAUCGCGCUAAAGAAACACGCGGGCGGCGGCAAACGCGUCGCCAGUCGAGUGUAUGACGUCAAUUUGGAGGAGAUUAUGAGCUAAAUACAGAUAUGCCAGAGUGCAAAGCGACAGAUAAAAUUCCAAGAUCGAUUUACUCCGACUCCUUUACUUUUUUGGUAUAUUGUAGAUACUUCGCUUUCGAAAUGAAAACCAACGUCCUGUAACUUUGUCUAGAUGCCCAGGUGCCAGUACUACCGUACUACUAGAGAUCAGUAGGCCUAAGAUGCGCGCCGUGAUAACUUUUAUCGACGUCAAAAUGUAUGGGCAAAAUCGAUAAAAUGCCGUGAUAACCGCUUAUCGCGGCGCACAUCUUAGGCCUCACUAGUGAGCGAGUAAAAAUAUGACAUUAAAAUUAAAUGUAUGACGGAUUGUACAGCGCCCCUAGCGGAAACUUUCAAGAACUAAAUUUUUUAUAAAAUGUUUGAUGUAAACUCACAAUACGCCCACGAGACAUCACUAGUGACCGUUUAGAUUCCUUGUCCAUUUACUUCUUAGAAGUGCUGGAUAAUUAUUUUUUUCGGAAUGGAAUCUUUCUUAUUAUGUGACCUAUUUAUAGAGCCAACGACGUAUGUAAGUUGGCUCGUGUAUAAAUUAAUUGUUAUGGAAUAAUGAUACAAUAAAAAAUAUUAUUGAAUAAAUAAGCUUUAUUUUUGGCCAAACUAUUACAAUGCAUAAACAUCUAUUGAAAUAAAAAUCAUUCAUAGCUGUGACAUAACAAAUUAAUCAUAAAAUAUAGCACAAUACAUACAAACUA